AAAAUAAGAACAAAAAAAAAAAGUAAACAAAUAAACGUACUCAUUGAUUGGAUUGGAUUUCUCGUCUGGUGUUGCAUAGUGCAGUGUUGUACAACAGGGAAUUUAUAUCGAUUUAAUUCCUCCCGGAAUUCUCCUUGUUACAUCGCAAUGUCAGUGUGGACCACAACAACAUCUGGCAUAGAGACCGCCCUUGGAGCACUUGGAACUCCAACUAUAAAUGGAAAAUCAUCAAGUUUACAACAAUUAAAUGGCACAGCAUUAAUUUUGCCAGCCACAUCUCAAAAUAAUCAAAAUAUACAAUCGGCAGCUGCCAGCUUACAUCAACAUCAAUUUACUGCAAAUAACAUUGCCUCCGUUCAGUCACAGAUUUCGAUAUUAGCCAAUUGGAAGAGGAACAGUCAGUCGCAAUCGGAACAACAACUCUAUCAGCAACAACAACAAUAUAAUAAUAAGCCUAGACGAACAGCCAGCAGCAGUAUGUCACAAUCCGGAGAGGAUCUACAUUCGCCCAGUUAUUUGUCAUGGAGGAAGUUGCAGUUGAGUCGGGCAAAGCUCAAGGCGUCAAGUAAGACAUCGGCCUUGCUGUCUGGUUUUGCAAUGGUUGCAAUGGUUGAAGUCCAAUUGAAUAAUGACACCCAAGUACCUGCGGGAAUGCUUGUUGCAUUCGCCAUCUGUACAACCCUCCUCGUCGCAGUACACAUGCUAGCCCUUAUGAUUAGUACGUGUAUCCUGCCCAAUAUCGAAGUUGUCUGCAACCUACACAGCAUAUCACUAGUUCAUGAAUCACCCCACGAACGUCUCCACUGGUAUAUUGAAACGGCUUGGGCCUUCUCAACCCUCCUCGGCUUGAUACUAUUUCUUCUCGAAAUAGCUAUUCUAUGUUGGGUGAAAUUCUAUGAUCUCAGUCAACCGGCUGCUUGGUCAGCGUGCAUUGUUCUUAUUCCCGUGUUGGUAAUCUUUUUGGCUUUUGCCAUACACUUUUAUCGUUCACUGGUAACUCACAAAUAUGAGGUUACAGUAUCGGGAAUAAGGGAACUGGAAAUUCUCAAAGAACAAAUGGAACAGGAUCAUAUGGAUCAUCAUCAUCACCAUCGAAAUAAUGGACUUAAUUAUGGAGCCAGUGGCGAAAUUGUUUAACAUAUUUUUUUUUUUAUAUAAGCGAGAAUCCGCAUACGUUACUUAAAAAGUUAAAAGAAACAAACAAAAACAAAC